AUGGAGAACUGUUUGCGCAUGGCUCGGCAACUCAUUCUCAACGAGAUCAAUAAGGGGUGCAACAACAAAAAUUUCGUGAUGUCUCCAAUGUCAAUCAUCGUUGCAUUGAGCAUUCUGGCUUUUGGUUCACGAGGUCGCACGCUGGAGCAACUGCUGGACUUCCUUGAAGCAAAGGACAUGGAUGAUCUCAAAGCCAAGGCCUCUCUGAUGAUGUCUGCUGCUGCACCAGUCGAGAACACCAAUGAAGGUCUGAUUCUGUCUUCUCUUAAUGGGGUUUGGAUUGAUCAGCGUUUCGCUGUGAGACCCUCCUUCAAGGAGAUUGCCGAAACCGUUUUCAAAGCAGAAGCCAACGCUGUUGACUUUGUGAAUGAGGCUGAGAAAGUAAGGAAUAAAGUGAACUUAUGGGUUAAGAAUGCGACAAAAGGGCUCAUCAAAGAAGUUCUCGCAGCUGGUGCUGUUAGUGGGGCAACAAUAAUCAUCCUUGCCAAUGCACUCUAUUUCAAGGGAGCUUGGUUAUAUCCUUUUAAAGCUAAAAGGACUCAACCAAAAAAAUUUUACCCCCUUGUUGGAGAACCAAUUAAAGUUCCCUUCAUGACCGGCACAACAGAGGUGAAACAUUUUUUUGGAUCCUUCGAAGAAUUCAAGGUUCUUGAGAUCCCAUAUAAGGAAGGACAAGACAACAGGCGAUUCUCUAUGUAG